AGAGCAGCUACUGGCAGCUCUGCCCUCCCUCCAAGUCCAGCCUGCAGGGGGGGUUACUGAGCUCUAGUUUCCCCCCCGGCCCCGUGCCCCUGGUGCCCCCAGAUGCUCACCUGCAGGAGGGGGGUGACCCCCUGGACAGGGGCCCCUCGCAGCACCGGUCCCUGGCUCCCAGCACCUCAGCGUCGGAGCUGUUCCUUCCUGGAGCGGCGGCCCCACCUGGACUGGGACCCCCUCCCCCUCCCCCCCCUCCUCCCAAACGUCACUGUCGCUCGCUGUCUGUGCCCGAGGACCUGUCACGGUGCCGCUACACGUGGCGGCCCAGCGCCUCGCGGGUCUGGACUCCCGUCAGUCGCCAGCAGUGCCACGGUGGUGCUGGGGGAGGGUCUGCAGGGGGCGCGGCGGUGAUGGGAGGAGGGGCUAUAGGGGCCUCUGGAGGCGGAGCCUGUCCGCUCCGCGCCCCCAGCUCGUCUCUGAACUCGUCGCUGCACUCGUCCUCUAGCCCCACCUUCUUCAGCUUGGCGCUGUCGCCCGACUCCCCGCUGCCCUGGAGCUUCCCCUGGGACCCCAGCGAAGCAGCAGCAGGAGGCGGAGCCUGCUGCUGCUUCUUCCCCUCCCCUUCCUCCUGCUCGUCUUCGCCAUCCCCCUUACACCCGCCUCCUCCUCCUCAGAGGAGGUUCUCCCUCUCUCCGGUGCUCAUCAGAGACUCGGCAGCCUCCACCUUUCUUCCUCCACCUCCAGUGCCGAGCCAAGCGGCGGCGCCUCCUCUGGGCUGCGCCUCCACAGCCAGGGUGUCCGCGGGGGCCCCGGUGCCCGCCUCCCCCUCCUCGGCGUGCAGCACGCCGUCCUCCCUCCGCCGCAGCCUCCCGCCACAGCUGCCACGCUGUCACUCACAACCCUGUGACCUGCUGCUGCUCAAACCUGGUCUGAAGAGACGCCGAGACCCCGACAGGCCCUGCGCCAGGCCAGUCCUGGACUUCCUUAAGAUGACACAGACGCGCAGCAUGGACCCUCAGUGCCUGGAGCGCAGCGGUGGACGUCUGUCCAGCGGGGGGGACGUCUGUAAGGGCGUGGACACCUUCAUGAGUGACUUUAGACGCUCCUGCUCGCCGGCCGAGUGCCUGGGCAGGACCAGCAURGGCCCGCUGAGCGAGAGCGACGAGGAGUGCCGCGAGGAUGACGAGGACGAAGAGGAGGAGGUGGAGGAGCGGGAGGCGGCGCAGCAGGCUGUGUUUGAGAGGGACUGUACAGAACUGGACCUGAACCUGAUAGAAGAAAACUGACAUGUCUGUAAAUCAAGGCUCUUCUCUGUUUUUCUUUUAUAAUCUAGUUUUAUUUUGAAAAGAUCUGGCCCCUCCCCCUCUCUCCUGACACGCCGUGGUCUCGUCACUUGACGCCUCCUCUCUACCAAUCAGCAGAGCUCUCAGGAACAACAUCUUCUCCCAUUGGACGAGCUGAUUAACAACAACGGUGAUGAUGUGGCUGCCAGCCUUACAGACUGUGGCUCCGCCUCCAGACAGGUACGCGCCGCGUCCAGGCGUCUUCCAACAGGUAGCUGCACAAACAGAACGCUGCCCACCUGAAGCUGCAUCACCACGCCCACCGCCACGCACAGCCCAAACAGGAAGUUCAGCUUCUGUUUACAUCUAAAUCUGUUUCUGAUCAAUCAGAAACAGAUUAAAUAAAUCUUAUUUAACGUCUAAAUUUUAAUAAAGAAAAUAGAUUUAUUUUUUACUGCAGAAAAGAACAAAAUAAAUCUAAUUUUCACUCUUUAUCUUUGAUCCCGAAUAUUUUGUUUUUCUGACGGAUCAACAGAAAAUCAGAUCAAAGUUUUAUUUAAUGAAAGUUUAAUCAGCAGUGUUUUAAAUGUGUGUAUUCUGGUCUGAAACACUUCCUGUCUGGGUCAUGUGACCUGGUCAUGUGAUGCCUUCAGGUUGUCAGCUUCCUGUCAGUCUUUACUGAGGGCGUAACGCCACUGAUGCUGUUGUUGACCUGAGUGUUGCACUUUCCUCUCAUUCUGUAACUGUGUGAGUGUGUGUGUGUGUGUGUGUGUGUGUGUGUGUGUGUGUGUGUGUGUGUGUGUGUGU